CUGGGAUGUUAUGUUGUCUGAAAAUCCUUCUUAGUUUUUCAGACAGGCCUGAGAUAAGGAAUGGAAAUACUCUUCCCUUUAGGCUCUUGUUCCUUGUCCUGUUUUCUUGUCUGUUGGGAUCUGGUGAAAGCCCAGUCUGGACAUCCACAGGUUCUGAGGGCUUGAUGGACGUGUUGCUCUUCUUUCUUCUUUCCGUCAGAGCUGGUGGGACCCUCCUGGACUCUGUGUUGUCCUUAGAGAUGUGAGUCUGGAUUUUUGUUAUCUACAGGAGUAAAGUGUGUUCAUGAUGGGAUGUAAGCUAAAGGCAGGUCAAAGGGUUUCUUUGGUUUCUAAAGGACACUGAGAAGGGACGGAUCUGUUAUUUCAACACUUCUGCACUGUUUCAAAGAGGCUGAACGGGGAAACUUUAUCAACAGCUGAUCUUUCUAAAACAUGGAUUUUUUUCAGAAUAAAUGUACAAUCUUGAAACAACAGACGUAAGUUAACAUAAACCAAAAGCUUCCGCUCCUUUGAGAGCUUUUGGAACCCACACGCUCCUGCGCUGGGGGCCAUAAUGACUCAACUUUCUCAACGUUGGCUACAAAUAAGGUGAGAAGUCAUUUGCGCAUGCGCAUACUCAUCGGGUCGCCGUGACAGACCGGGAUGACUUCGUGCCGGGACUCAGCGGUUUUCUACCUGAGCUGGACGCUCCUCCUGGGGGGCGCCGCUCUGUUUUGGCGGCAGCGCCGCGCGUGCGCGCUGUACGGCCGCUACACGCCGGGACAGGCCCAGGGUCGCUGCUACCCGGCCGGGCUCGCCUGGUUCCUGCAGGAGGUCCCGGCCCUGCUGACCCCGCUGCUGCUGCUGCUGUGGUCCGGGACCGGGUUCGAGACCGGGACGCUGCUGCUGCUCGGCACCUUCGUGCUGCACUACGGCUACAGGAGUCUGAUCUACGCCUUCCUGACCCGAGGACGGCCGGUACCGCUGCACAUCAUCGUCUUCUCCGCCGCCUUCUGCAGCCUCAACGGCGUCCUGCAGGGCCACCACCUGCUGCACUGCGCCCACUUCGACCACACCUGGAUGACCAGGACCCGUCUGGCUGCAGGCUGCUUCCUGUUCCUCGUGGGUCUAAGCAUCAACGUCCACAGUGACUUCAUCCUGCGCGGCCUGAGAAAACCUGGGGAGCACGUCUACAGGAUCCCCCGCGGAGGAUUGUUUGAGUUGGUGUCCGGCGCCAACUUCCUGGGGGAGAUACUAGAGUGGUGUGGUUACGCCGUCGCCGCCGGGACUCUACCCGCCUUUGCCUGGGCAUUCUUCACCGUGUGUUCCAUCGGGCCCAGAGCCGUCCAUCACCACAGAACACCCGGAUCUGGACCAGUCCAUGGAGGGGCCCCCUGCCGUGUCGGAACCCCCCCACGCAGAGUUCGGGCUGAGCGACAGCAUCCAGAGGGCGGUGGACGGGGACAAGGCCGGCGCCGACAAGCUGUCCAAGCAGAAGGUGGACCUGCAGGCCCUGCCCACGCGGGCCUACCUGGACCAGACCGUGGUGCCCAUCCUGCUGCAGGGCCUGUCCGUGCUCGCCAAGGAGAGACCCCCGAACCCCAUCGAGUUCUUGGCCACGUUCCUGCUGAAGAACAAGGUCCAGUUUGAGGACCGGAGCUAAAUGAAGCCGCCGGCGCCACCGGCCCGCCGCCGCAGAAACGCCUCCGUUUGUUCCUGGAGUAAUAAAAAUGUCCAAAAUUCACCCCCUCGGACCGCCCUGACCGACCCUCCAGAACCACAUCACAGGUUUGAAGAACCUGGGGGGGGGUCCGGUCGACUUCCCGACCGUCCAGCAGAACCGCAGAGCGGACUGAUCCGGAAGCUUUCUGCAUGUUUGGGUUCCAUCGUAGGAAAAGUGUCUGUGACGGUCAGAACCUUUUUUCUGGAGUCUGUUUUUCAUCAAAAUUGUUUUUUUUUUUGUAAUAAACAACUGAGGCAGAACCACAA